UUAUUGGAAGUCAAUAUCACAUUUUCCAUUUUAUAAAAUGAGAGAAUUGUAUUGGUGUUGAUUUGUGAUCUGAUUUGAGGAGGGAUGAAAGAUAGUAAGAUAAUUUGUUCAGUAAUAUGAUAUGGGUUGUUGUUAUAGUACCAAACGUGAUCAUAAUCAAUAUGGUUUAGAUGUAGUUUAUAAUGGUGAUGAUUAUUAUCACUCUCUAAUAUAAUAUUUUUAAUACAGUUUUCAUCUCACUUCGAUCGAUCGAUUAAGUCUUUAACUAACGACAAAAUACAGCUAGAGGGGGCAAAAAUACCGUAUAGUUCUAAACAAAAUUUGCAGGCUAGCGACCGCUGGAUACUACGAUCGGCUAACCAAAACUUAGUUUGUGUCCCAAAAGUCAAAUUAAGAUUAUUUGGACAGCGGUCUUUCCAGUAUAACUCAGCAACAUUUUGGAAUAAACUACCAUCAGAAGUUAAAGAUGCACAAACAUUAUUGCAAUUCAAGAGUUUAUUAAAAACACACCUGUUUAAAGAAUACUAUGAGACAUAAAACUGUUAUAGCACAUAAACCAACAUGUCAUCAGAAUUUUUGUAGCGCUAUGAGCAUAUACUUAGUGUAUGGAGUUUAGCGCGUUAAAAGUGCACUAUUUAUUUAUUAUUAUUAUAUGUUCCUACACAUAUGGAUUGGUGGUGCUUCAGGGUGGAAUAGUGUUGUCUGUUGUGUAUUUACUUGUACCAGAAAAACCCAAUGUGCCCACCGUGCCCUUCCAUUUCGGAAAUCGAACAUAGCCAUACACCAUUUGCGCUUACGACUUUAUUGAUUCAUACAGAUGUUUCUCAUUAAAUUGAGGUUUAAUUCACAGAUAUGUUUUCUUUAUCAGGUUUCAUACUUUUUCUAGUAUGCUACGAAAUACCAUUUUGUUUUAAAACUGAUAUUGUUCAACUAGUCAUACGUAUGAGACCUAUGGUUGAAACCUAGGCAUCGUUUAUUCUCGGAGUUAUUGCCCCCGGCAUCAAAUUUUAGUCACCGCUGUAGGGUUGCUUCUAUAGCACUUGUUGGGAUUGCUAAAUGGCCUUAUCUUAAAAUUAACUAUAUUGAUAGUAAAUGGGGGUAUUGGGGGUGGGGUGGCACAAUGCAACAUUAUAUUGAUCGAUUAAGUCAGUUUUAGUGGGCGUGUCUGGUAAAAACAAAAAUAUUAAGACCCAAGUGCAAUUUGGGCUGCAAACAAAAUGCGCUAAUGGGGGGUGGACUCCUGGGAAUGUUCACGGUGUAAAAAAAAUGACAUAGAAAAGUCAUGCGACCGUAACUCGUCGUUUUCGGGAGCAAGUCCUUUACGUCAUGUUGAUAAUAAGGAAAUGGGGUUAGUUCUUGAAAUGAAAUUCCAGUUUUAGCGAACGUAUCGCUAGGAAAGAAAUAAAAUGGCUAUUUACAGGUUUGUUUUUGGGUAAAAUACGACAGAUUAUGGUAUGAUAAUUACAAAACAUACUGUCAUGUUUGCUGUACCCCAUUAUUACUAGAUGAUAAAUCAAUUAAAAAUUUAUAAUAGAAAUGAGAAACCGGGCAGAAACGGAGACACUAUUGUUGCCACAUAGUAAAGGGCUGAUUUCGUUGUUAACGGUUAUCGAAUAUUCUAGUGCUACGUCCAAGGAUUUUAUGGGCAAUUUUAGAACCUGUCUUGUGAAGUGUCUGGUAAACAUGCAGGUCCCAUAAACAAUAGCGUACUCUAAUAUUAGACAUGGUAAUGUGGACAUGAAUUUUCUAUGAAAAUGGCUAGAUACGCAGCGAGAGCCCCUAUUGCUUCUCUUGAGGAAUAUCACUACGCAGAACUUUCCUCUGAAAUAAAUGAAGAGGAUUUAAAAGAUGGUGAAACGAGUUUUUCAGCAGCUGAUCGCGAUGAUGGGGUUACCAACAAACCAAACAAAGACAGAUGUGAUGACGACAGUGAUAAUGAUGGCAGUGAAAAUAAGGGAAGUGACGUUGAUGAUGAAGACUAUUCGACUUCUGGAACUAGAAUGUAUCUGCAAAGACACCGUCUAGCAUCCUUCUCUCUUAAAUAUGCUUUAUUCUUCAUGAAUUAUCUAUUUUGGAUUGCAGGUAUAGCUAUCACGGCAUUUGCAUCGUGGGUAUUGUACGAAAGAAACAAAUUAGUGAGUGAUGUCUCUGACUUAUUUUUGGAUCCGGCUGUUUUGGUGUGUGUUUUUGGAAUCGUCAUGGUGCUGAUAACAUUUAUAGGCUGUGUUGGGUCUAUUCGAGAGAACACUUUCCUUCUAAAAUUAUUUCACUAUAGCAUGACUGUUGUGUUAUUUAUUGAAAUAGUUCUAGCUGUUGUACUUGUCUUCUUUUAUCAAACCACUUCUUUAAGAAAAUAUAUUCAGGCUGUACCCGAGAAUGUACUUAAAGGUGCAGUUAAACGAUAUCACGAUGACCAACAUCUAAAAGACUGGGUAGAUUUAAUUCAGACAGAGUUAAAAUGUUGUGGUUAUAGUCAUGAUAGUGAAGGUUAUAAAGGUUGGCAGAUAAAUAUGUAUCAUAACUGUACACGAACUAAUCCCAGUCCCUUUAAAUGUGCUGUUCCUAUGUCAUGUUGUAUUUUAGAAAAAGGUGAUGUUAUAAAUACUAUGUGUGGUUUUAGUAUUUUAAAUAGCCAGAUUAUCGAUGACGUGAUGUAUAAAAUCCACACGACUGGUUGUAUGAAAGCUAUAGAGAGAUGGUUUACUGACCAUAAUACAGUUAUAGCCAUGACAAUUAUAGCAGUCAUAACUCCUCAAAUUGUCUCAGUGUUAUUUGCCCGGCUUCUUAUUCAUUAUAUCAAAAAACAAAGAGCAAGAUGGCAACUUCUUCAUGGGUAAUAAUUAUAUAAUAAUAAAUGAUUAUUUUCA